AUGUCGAAACUCAUUUUAUCGUAUCUAUUCAAAAACAAUAUCUCCGCUUUGCGGGCAGCUAUCUUAGCCAACAACACCAAUCGAAUUUGCCGUAUCUUGGAUAGUGAACGAAAUAAUAUUACUAAAGAGAUAGACAAUGCCGGUAACACUGCAUUGCUAUUUGCUAUCAAAUAUGCAUCGCCACUCACUGUUGAACUUCUACUUCAACAGGGUGCACAACCUGACCAGCCCAACUUUGCUACUCUACAAACACCACUGAGUUUACUCGCGUCAAGAACGUACGAUGCUGAUCAAGCACAUCAAGCAAAACUCGAUCUUGAUAUAGCUAUUCUUCUUCUCGACCACGAUGCUUACGUUGAUAAACCUUCACCAUUCAACCUCCUCGAUGAUAACGGUCAAGAAUAUGAAACAAAAGAGACGCCACUAGUAACUGCAGCGAGAGUGCGCAAUCUGGCAAUGGCAACAUUGCUUGUCGAUCGAGAAGCUAAUGUCAACUAUGCCCAGAAACACUCACGAAAUCGACCAGUUCACUAUGCGAUCAUGAAUGGUGACGAAGCCAUGUUCGAUUUGCUCGAGAAUGCAGAUGCAUCAUGUCGCACAGUUAUCUCGGAUGGCGGUAAUACUCUUCUUCAUUGGUUCUGUAACACUCAAAAUAACGACAGACAAAUUAGUUUACUGAAAAAACUGCUCGAUGCUGGAUGUGACAUAAAUGCGACGAAUGAUGUUCAACAAACACCACUGAUGCUUGCUGCUAAACUGAAUAUGGUGAAUACUUGUGAAGUACUUUUAGAUGCAUUCGCUGAUACUGAGAAAGUUGACAAUCGAGGUCACCGUGCCAUUGAUUUCGCCAAGCUCGGAGGCGAUUGUUUUCGUCUACUACAACAUGCCACAUCGAUUCAACGAACAAAAGCUCAAUCAUAUCAACACAUCAAUCGGAUGAUUUGUAGGAAAUCGAUUACAUCUCAUCGUCCACUGAUGUCACGUACGAGUGAACCAGUUGAGCAACUUAAAUUCGAUAAAAAUAAGCUGAAUCAUUAUCCGUCAAAUAUCGUUCUUAAGGACACAGAAUUCGACAAUGAGACAUCACUGUAUACUUCCAAUGGCACAAUCAAUGAAGAAGAAAAUCUUACAAAAUACAAACGCAGAUGGAACAAAUUACUGAAAAAGAGAGAGAAAUUUCGUCAAACAAAACAUUUAUCUUUGCAAUCCAUAAAUAUUUUCUCAUGA